CUUCUACUCAUUGUAUCACAACUCCAAACUCCAAAUAAUGGAUCUUUUUAAGCUCUCCCUCUUCCUCUUCUAUGUCUCGAGCUUUACGAUGCUUCCUUCCUCUCUCGCUCAAGAUUCUCCUCAAGAUUUUGUAAAUGCCCACAAUGCAGCCCGUGCCCAAGUUGGCGUUGGGCCGGUCAAGUGGGACGAAAAGGUAGCCAGUUUUGCUAGACAAUAUGCCAACCAACGAAUCAACGACUGUCGAUUGAUGCACUCGAGCGGACCAUAUGGAGAAAAUAUUGCAUGGGGUAGUUCCGACUUAUCAGGCAUAGCUGCAGUUCGAAUGUGGGUUGAUGAGAAACAAUUCUACAAUCCUCGCACCAAUACUUGUGCGACUGGUAAGGUAUGUGGCCAUUACACUCAAGUGGUGUGGAGAAGCUCGGUGAGAAUUGGAUGUGCUAAAGUGAAGUGCACAAACAAUCGUGGUACAUUCAUCACUUGCAACUAUGAUCCACCAGGCAAUGUCGUAGGUCAAAGGCCAUUUUGAGAAUGAUUAUAACUAAAAUAAAAGUGCCGGUCCGAGUUACUAAAUAAAAACAACUUUAGUUGUGAUCUA